AUGGGCAGUGAAACGAUUUCGUCGAGGAUGACGAAGAAGAAGAAGAAGAAGGAAGCUUUGGGGUGGAUUGAAUGGAUCAGAGGAUGGCUUUGCGUAUUCUACGAGUUUCUCUUCCAGAGAUUCAUGUCUUCUCAUUUACAGAAUCCACUUCCUCUUCCUCCUCUCAAUCACUUAACCUGCAUUGUCACUGGCUCCACCAGCGGCAUUGGCCGCGAAACCGCCAGGCAGCUUGCGGAAGCUGGUGCUCGUGUUGUAAUGGCGGUGAGGAACACAAAGGCAGCUCAUGAGCUGAUUCAACAAUGGCAGAAAGAUUGGUCUGGUAAAGGCAUCCCUCUUAACAUCGAGGCGAUGGAACUUGACCUUCUCUCUCUGGAUUCUGUCGUCAAAUUUAGCAAUGAGUGGAACGCUCGUUCAGCGCCUUUGCAUGUUCUGAUUAACAAUGCCGGCAUAUUUGCCAUGGGAGAGGAACAGAAGUUCUCAAAGGAUGGAUAUGAACAGCACAUGCAAGUGAACCAUCUAGCUCCUGCGUUGCUUUCGCUACUCCUUUUGCCCUCGCUUAACCGAGGCUCCCCAAGCCGCAUCAUUAACGUCAACUCUGUUAUGCACUAUGUGGGCUUUGUUGACCCGGAUGACAUGAAUGUGGUAUCUGGUAGACGAAAGUUUACAAGCCUUGUAGGAUACUCCAGUAGCAAGCUUGCACAGGUUAUGUUUAGCAAUGUUCUUUCCAAAAGGCUGCCUCAAGAAACUCGCAUUAGCGUUGCUUGUUUAUCCCCAGGGAUUGUCCUAACAAACGUGGCGAGGGACCUGCCGAAAUCUGUUCAAGUUAAAUACGCUCUGAUACCUUAUUUCAUCUUUUCGCCACAAGAAGGCUGUAGAAGCACACUUUACUCAGCGACAGACGCUAAGGUUCCAGAGCAUUGCGAGAAGCUGAAAACCGAUGAGAAGAAGCCCAUUUGUGCAUUCAUAUCUCAAGACUGCAAACACACGAAGCCUUCGGAAGAAGCUCACAACGUGGAAACAGCGAACAGAGUUUGGGAAAAGACGAUAGAGCUCAUCGGUCUUCCUCUUGAUGCAUUGGAGAGGCUUAUCGAUGGAGAAGAGGUCCAAUGUCGUUAUGGAACUCAUCAUGAAUAA